CGAUUACCAGCAGUUCCGAAUUGUUGUAGGACUUCUUUCUAUAUUUACAGCAAUUCCGUACUUUACUUCGCGCUGGUGCAUGUUAGAGAUUGUUACAUGCGAGGUGAACGCAGCGCAGAAAAGUAACGCUUCGAUCGAUAUUUGGCCAAUUGUCGACAGAUUAAGCAAGCUUCUUGCGAGCUCGGUCGAUUCGCGUAAUCUUGUAUCUCGCACAUAUAUAACGUGUCUACGUUGUCGCGUCGACGUGAUUUUUAUAUUCGCGACGCGAAUAGAACGAACACGAUAGGCAUCGCGUGAUUGUUAUCGUGUGCGCAAUUUCUAUACGUAACUCCAAUGUUCAGUCGCGGUUUUCCUCAGAGAUCCCUUCUCUUCAGCUUUCUACAACGAGCAACAAAAUCGAGUGCAGCCCAACGCGACCGGUUAUUUCGAGCACGAUAGAGGAGCAUUUCUCUUGCAUGCACUCUUGCUGCGAAGGUCAGAUUGCGUUUCUCCCCCCUCUUCAUCGUCGAAGUCGCUGCUUAUCUAUCGUCUCGGACAUUAAGUACUACGUAACGAUAACCUCGGUUAACGAGGUCACAUCUUUAUUUGUCGCUCGACAAACGCUCGAAAUAGUAGCAUUUAGAAGUGUCUUUAACGUCUGACUAAACGUAGCAAUAUUCGUGAGUUACGGUGAGGUUCCAUCGGAGGAGUGUCUGUCGUCAGUCCGACCGAGUAUAAACGUGUGCAUCAUUGCACGUGCGCAAGAGGAAUUGUCAGUGGAGAAUUUGCUGUGAUUGUAGCAACUCAAAAAUCUUCGCUUAUCUUUCCUGAAAGUAAAAGAAAAUAAUCGCUGCCUUGCUGUUUAAUCGACCUUGCACGGUUCUUCUGAAAACGUUGAGAGGCUGCCGAGAUGGUCGUCGAAAACAAGAUGUCUGAAAAGAAUUCUGAAAUGAGAGAGACCGCCGCGAGAAUCUGUCGAGAUUAUUUGCAUGGUGUUUGGAAACACAUCACAGCGCAGAAUAUUAUUCUUAAACGUAUUAGUGGUGGUCUAAGCAAUUGGUUAUACAAUGUUCAGCUUCCUGAGGGAACAACUCCAGUUAGGGGGGAGCCUCGUCAAGUUUUGUUACGUUUAUACGGGCAAGUACAUGGAGAGAGAGCUUUGGAAGGACUUAUCACAGAAUCUGUUAUUUUUACUUUGCUCUCUGAGAGAAAACUUGGUCCCAAAUUACACGGUGUUUUCCCUGGUGGCCGUAUAGAAGAAUAUAUACCAGCACGACCUUUGCUCACAAAAGAAUUAUCAGAUCCAACAUUGAGCUUAAUGAUUGCUGAAAAACUUGCACAAAUACAUAGGAUGCAGGUACCAAUCAGCAAAGAGCCUACAUGGUUGUGGGAUACAAUGAAUAAGUGGCUCAAGUCUACAACCGAUAUCCUUGAAAAUAUUGGGGAUAUUGAUGUUCAGCAUUCUGAUAAUGUUAAUGCUAUAAAAUGUAUAGACUUGGAGCAUGAGAUCAAGUGGCUCAAGACUUUGGUGUUACAACAAAAAUUACCAGUUGUCUUCUGUCAUAACGAUAUGCAAGAAGGCAAUAUACUCUUGCGUGAAAAUAUGCAAAAGCCGGAGUUAGUAGUUAUUGACUUUGAAUAUUGUUCCUACAACUAUCAGGGAUUUGACAUCGCUAACCAUUUCGUCGAAUGGCAAUACAACUAUACAACACCAAAUUAUCCUUUCUUUCAUGAACUUCUCAACGCCGGUCCCACAAGGGAGCAAAAGCUCAACUUCAUACGAUCCUACCUGAGAGCAUUGGGGAAGGAAGGGGCUGCAGAGGAAGAGCGUAUCAUGAAGGAGAUGAAGAUGUUUUCAUUAGCUAGUCAUUUGUUCUGGGGUCUCUGGAGUAUCAUAAAUGUUAAAAUUUCCCAAAUUCCGUUUGGAUAUUGGGAUUAUGCCGCUUCCAGAUUGAAGAAUUAUAUGUAUUUAAAAGAGAAAAUGCUUACUUCUGGAUCACCAGUAUCGGACGGUAGCGUUAAAAGAAAAUCUACCGAUAUCGAUUGAGAAAUCGCAAAAUUGAACUGAAGAAAAAAAGAUGCAGCUUUAUACGUUUUGCUAAAUAAAAGUAGUAGCCCUCUAUUUGCCAGUUUUGAUCAAUUGGAUUGUCAGCUUUGGCAAGCAGCGAUAUUUUACAGGAUAUAUUAAGUCAUUAUUUCUUUCAAUCUCGUGAAAUAAUGUGUCCUGCUGUUUUCCGUGAAUGCACAGGUUAUUUCGAACGCCUGAGAAGCAAUUUUUUGCUGCGUUUUGCUGAA